AUGACCGCAGAAUCAGAUGAUAUAGCAGUUGAGAUCCGGGGCGGUAGUUCUCCUAUGAACAAAGUGGAAGGGGCAUCUGAAGCAGUGGCACCAUCAAAUGCUGCUGAAGACCAAGAAUCGAAAAUCCACUGUGUCGACUAUUUGCGAGUAAAGGACAUUACUCAGCUCAUGCAAACGAUGGCUCAAAGUGCAGAAGAAUAUGCUCGGCAGAUAUGGAUGCGUGGUUGGCAAGUGGUUCAUUUCCAGCGUCUCCCUGCUUGGUUAAAAGAUAAUGAUCUUUUGAUACGUGGUCAUCGUCCGCAGCUUUACACGGCGUGGGCAUGCUUCAAAUCUAUUUUCAGAGUGCACACAGAAACGGGUAAUAUAUGGACGCAUUUACUUGGUUGUGGCUGUUUUAUCGUUAUUGCUGCAUUCGUGUUCGCCCAGCCGAGUGACUUGAUUCAAUGGCAAGAGAAGUUAAUUUUUGCCGGCUUUUUUGUGGGAGCUAUUCUUUGUCUCGGAUUUUCGUGCCUCUUUCACACGGUUUUGUGUCAUUCGGAAAGCGUCAGUAAACUGUUAAGCAAGUUGGACUACUGUGGAAUUGCUUUUCUCACAAUGGGUUCGUUUGUACCCUAUUUGUACUACUCAUUCUACUGCAUACUUUGGGCUAAAUUGUUCUAUUUAGCUCUAAUUGGCGUGCUCGGUUGUGGUGCAAUCGUUGUGUCCAUGUCAAACGAGUUUGCCUCGUCACAGUAUCGUCCACUUCGGGCUGCUUUGUUCAUUGCACUGGGUCUGUCCGGUGUAAUCCCGUGUUUACACGCAAUCAUCAUUUAUGGCUUUUGGCCUUGUGUACACCACGGCUCUCUGGGGUGGCUUUUCCUAAUGGCCGUUCUCUAUAUCAGUGGCGCGUCAAUCUAUGCUGUACGCGUGCCUGAACGAUGUUGUCCCGGGAAAUUCGACAUCUGGAGUCACCAAAUUUUCCACGUGUUUGUGGUCAUCGCUGCACUCGUACAUUACCACGGAAUAGGACUACUUACAAACUACCGCCUGACAUUGGGCGACUGUCAACCUCCGGCUGGGUACCCAUUCCCUGUGCACGAAUUUUCCAAUUUGGAACUGUUGAAACCCUUCAUGAAGUGA